AUGAGCGGGCGCCCUAGGACCACGUCUUUCGCCGAGGGCAGCAAAUCCGUUCGAAAGACAUUCGAAAAUCAACCACCGAAACCACCUCUCGGAGGUGUAAAAAUUUGCAGUAACCUCUACGUUCGGACAUUGCCUCGUCUCGUCACAAGCGAAACCGCCCCGAAGCUAGUUAGCCGCGAACGGUUAUCGGCCGCGCUAUCAGCGGCCGUCGGCGAUCUCGCUAUCACCGGUCGCGUCAAGUGCGCCCCCAUCCCGCCACUCGCCGCCGCACUCUCCGUUUUCGCGGUUGUCCGGUGUUGUGCGUGGGCCGGUGCGAUGUUGCGACGUCGUGGUACCUACACGGUGAACGGCGGAACAACCGCGAGUCACGCCCGCGACAAGGCGACGGUGCCCGCGCUGUUGCUAACUAAGAGACAUGUGUUGAUCACGGAGCGCGAUUGUGGUGUUCGAAUUAGCGCGCUCCCCUGUAGAGGCAUAGAGGUGGGGGGCGCCCUCUGCGGUGCGGGGCGCCCGGUAUGCUUGGACAAGCCGGUGGCGCCGGACGGGGCGGGCGCGAUGGCCCUCCGCCCCGUCGGCGAAGUGGCGGUGCGCUCGGAGCCCUCGCUACUGCGCCUACUUGACGUCGACAAAAACGGCCAACUGACCCGCGCCCGCGAUCGUCUGUCCUCCUUUUGUAAGAAACUCCGACGCACCAUCAGCGACGUGGAUACUCCUAAAAAGACCGAGCUGGCUACGGAAAAGAAGGCGGCCACCUCGCAUCGCAAGGACGGCUCGAAGGUGACGACCGUCGUGGCGACGCCGGGGCAAGGCCCCGACCGGCCCCAAGAAGUCAGCUACUCUGACAUGAAGCUGAUCGGCAAUGGCAGCUUCGGCGUCGUCUACCAGGCCAAGUUGUGCGAUACCGGCGAGCUCAUCGCGAUCAAGAAGGUGCUCCAGGACAAGAGGUUUAAGAACCGAGAGCUUCAAAUCAUGCGACGACUGGAGCAUUGUAAUAUUGUCAAACUGAAAUACUUCUUUUACUCUAGUGGAGAAAAGGUGGCAGUGGCCGAGGCAGUUGUUAGCCCACUACUAAAUGCAAUGCAGUCUCUCGAUGUCGCAAAGGACGAAGUGUACCUGAACUUGGUGCUGGAGUACAUACCAGAGACGGUGUACAAAGUUGCACGUCACUACUCCAAAGAUGAACAAACCAUACCCAUUAGUUUUAUAAAGCUCUACAUGUACCAGCUGUUCCGGAGCCUCGCGUACAUCCACUCGCUGGGCAUCUGCCACCGGGACAUCAAGCCGCAGAACCUCCUCCUAGACCCGAAGACGGGCGUGCUGAAGCUGUGCGACUUCGGCUCCGCGAAGCACCUGGUGCGCGGCGAGCCCAACGUCUCCUACAUCUGCUCGCGAUACUACCGCGCGCCCGAGCUCAUCUUCGGCGCCAUCGACUACACCACCAAGAUCGACGUGUGGAGCGCAGGUUGUGUCGUUGCGGAGUUGCUGCUGGGCCAGCCGAUAUUCCCCGGCGACUCGGGCGUCGAUCAGCUGGUCGAGAUAAUUAAGGUCCUAGGAACACCGACACGCGAACAGAUCCGCGAGAUGAAUCCCAAUUACACUGAAUUCAAAUUCCCUCAAAUCAAAAGUCAUCCCUGGGCAAAGGUGUUCCGCGCGUGCACGCCGCCGGACGCCAUAUCGCUCGUGUCUCGGCUGCUGGAGUACACGCCGGGCGCGCGCCUCUCGCCGCUGCAGGCGUGCGCGCACAGCUUCUUCGACGAGCUGCGCGAGCCGGCCGCGCGGCUGCCCAACGGGCGCGCGCUGCCGCCCCUCUUCAACUUCACCGAGUACGAGCUGGCCAUCCAGCCGUCGCUGAACGAGUUCCUCAAGCCGCGCGCGCAGCCCUCCGCCGCGGACGCGCCCGGCGCCUCCGCCGCGCCGCAGGACCACGCGCACGACGCCCAGGGUGAGCGCGACACUGCUCACUUCCACUUCGACCCGACGCGUGCCUGCGAUCUUUAC